GUGUUUACAAAUUGGGGGUUAAGCUUCAGGGCCGAUUGUAAUUCCACAAGACGUUAAAAAACAAUUUUGUGUUAAAAAGAGGACAUUGUUUAAUUUGAUAUGAUAUUCUCUAGGUGACUAAGUAUAUCUGCAGCAAUUUGAGGACUUCUUCAAUUGUUCUACGUGCGAUGGCAAGUGUGAAUUCUGCAGAAUAUCCAGAGUGCAAGCCAAUCAUCCAUUCACCCAUGAAUCUGUCAUGUCACCAAGAGGCCAUGUCGAAACUCAAGAGCACAGACUCACAACCCGUUCCUGGUGGUGGGAAGGGCAGCGGUAGUAAGGCCAGCAAGAACCCCUUUCCAACCAGUCCCCAGCCCACCGGUCAGUCCCCCUCCCCAUCCUCGAGUUCAAUGCUGAAAAAGAGGAGAGCAGACUUCAGAUUCGGCCGUAUCUUGGGGGAGGGAUCGUAUUCAGAGGUUGUGUUGGCUACAGAAAUAUCAUCUGGCAACCAGUAUGCAAUCAAAGUACUUGAAAAGAAGCAUAUUUUACGGGAGGGGAAGCAGAAGUAUGUUUUACAGGAGAAGGAAGUCCUGAGCAGACUAGAUCAUCCAUUCUUUGUCAAACUAUACUUUACCUUCCAAGAUAAUGAUAAGCUGUACUUUGGUCUGAGUUUAGCGAAACGUGGCGAGCUCUUACCGUACAUCAAGAAACUUGGUUCGUUUGACGAGAGUUCAUCUAGGUUCUACACUUCAGAAAUCAUAUUAGCUCUUGAAUACCUUCACAGUAUGGGAAUCAUACAUAGGUAAGCAAAUGAAUCAUUUUCAUUAUUUUAAUCCUUUAUAUGAUCAGCCACCCCAAAACUGAUAAAAGUCGCCAAGGAAGAUUCUCUGUUGAAAAUAGCCAAAAUUGUAAUUUUUGUCUUCAAAAAGCAAACAUUUUAAAAUUAGCUUAUAGAUUUGAAAGAGCCAUUCUUCCUCGUACUUUAUACAAAAUUUAAAGUUGAAAAUAGUAUUUUCUUGACACUAUUUUAUUUAGUUAUAUUGCAGAUCAUUUUAAAGCUUAAGAUGUUUUUUUUCCAAGCUCAAUAAAAUCUCAAACAGCUCGUUGGUUUUGGGGUGGCUGGUUACAUAUGUAUUUUUUUUUGGGGGGGGGGGGUGGAGGCAGGUAUUAUGGCACGCCACCACCCCCCCCCCUCCCCGCGGGAACGACAAUACUUAAAAUUCCCUAUGACUAUAAGGGUUUAACUAUUAUGAAAAAUUAAAAUUUUUAAAGAUGUAACUUUUACCAAGGUUCAACUUUUUUGUUCAAAGAGCACGAUUCUUCUGUAUUAGACUGUAUUUUUGUAACUUGGUACAGUCUGUCUAAGUUGGAAGAGGACAUUUAUCAAUUUUCACAAACUUUUUGCUUUUGGGAAAUAUUUAU